AUGGACAUGUGGGGCCCAGCCCGCGUCCGUGGUCAGGGUCAGGAGAGGUACUUCCUGAUAGUUGUUGACGACUACUCGCGCUACACCUCGGUCUUCCCCUUGCGCACCAAGGACAGAGGUGGUGAGUUCUCCUCCGACCUCUUGGCAGCCUACUGUGCUGAGCACGGCAUUGAGCUGUCAUUAACGCUUCCGGCUUCUCCACAGCAGAAUGGGGUUGCGGAGCGCCGUAUUGGCCUGGUCAUGGAGGUCGCCCGUACCUCCUUGAUCCAUGCGGCUGCCCCCCACUUUCUGUGGCCGUUUGCGGUCCGGUACGCUGCGCAUCAGCUCAACCUCUGGCCCCGUGUCUCCUUGCCGGAGACCUCGCCCACGCUGCUGUGGACGGGGGAGGUUGGCGAUGCGUCGCGUUUCCGGGUCUGGGGGUCUCGAGCUUUUGUCCGCGAUAUGUCUGCGGACAAGCUCUCCUCCCGUGCUGUUCCCUACGUCUUCCUCGGCUUUGUCCCGGACGCGUCUGGUUGGCAGUUUUACCACGCCACCUCGCGCCGAGUCUUGCCCUCCCAGGACGUCACUUUUGACGAGUCCGUCCCCUACUACCGCCUCUUCCCCUACCGCACUGCCCCGCUCCCCCCCCCGCCUCUCUUCCUCGCGCCAGGUGCUGCUGUUGCAGACCCCCUCCCCCCUCAGGGUGCCGCUCCCUCAGGUGUGUCUCAGGUAGACCUGGUUGAGCCUGUUGAGGUAGCUGUCGACUCUCGUCCUGCUGGGGGUGCUCAGCCUGGGGGUGCUGAGCCUGGGGGUGUGGAGCCUGGGGGUGUGGAGCCUGGGGGUGUGGAGCCUGGGGGUGUGGAGCCUGGGGGUGUGGAGCUUGAGGGUGCUGAGCUUGGGGGUGUGGAGCCUCGUGGUGCUGAGCUGCGGAGUCUGGAGUCUGGGGGUUCUGAGUCUGGAGGUACUAGGCCUGGGAGUCCUGCACCUGGAGGAGCCCUCUCCUCGGAGCAGCUGCGUGCGUGGUACUUAGAGUACUGCAGCCUCCGGAGAGGUACCGCUCGAGCCGGACGUACUACUGGGACUGGUGCUAGUGCUUCUUCUCCCGUUCGGGAGCUCCCCUCCCGCGAGCGGAUCCGUGAGUGGUACGAGCGGCGCUGCACUCUUCGGAGUGGCGUGCCUCGUGUUACGGACCCCGCUGCUGUUGGAGCUGCUGCUGGUGCUGAGGACCCGGGCGUUGGAGCUGCUGCUGGUGCUGAGGACCCGGGCGUUGGAGCUGCUGCUGGUGCUGAGGACCCGGGCGUUGGAGCUGCUGCUGGUGCUGAGGACCCGGGCGUUGGAGCCGCUGCUGGUGGUGAGGACCCGGUCGUUGGAGCUGCUGCUGGUGCUGAGGACCCACGCGUUGGAGCUGCCGCUGGUGCUGUUGGUGUAAGGGCCUAA